AGAAAUUAAAAAACAAAACACUAUCAAAUUUGGACCAUUUACACACAUUUGAGGUACGAAUGGCAUUGUUUUUUGGACCCUUCUGAUUUUUUCACACUUUCCCACGUUUUCACCUUCUGCUUUUAGACUAAGGUUGUCGGUGCCGUUAGUUUUUGCUUGCGGCGAUGGUCAGUAUAAUGAACGUUAAGAUUAGUAGUGAAGAUGAUUACAUUAGAAGACAUCAUAGACAUGAUGUUAGAGAUAAUCAGUGUAGCUCUUCACUUGUAAAACAUAUUAGAGCUCCUGUUCAUCUUGUUUGGUCAUUAGUGAGGAGGUUUGAUCAGCCACAAAGGUACAAACCGUUUGUUAGCAGGUGCAUCGUGCAAGGGGACCUUGAAAUCGGGAGUGUCAGAGAAGUGAAUGUUAAGUCCGGACUCCCAGCUACCACAAGCAAGGAAAGGUUAGAGCUUCUAAAUGAUGAGGAGCACAUCUUUGGUGUAAAGAUUGUCGGUGGGGAUCACAGGCUUAGGAACUACUCAUCGAUUAUCACCGUUCACCCAGAGGUCAUUGAUGGAAGGCCUGGAACAAUGAUAAUAGAGUCAUUUGUGGUAGAUGUUCCAGAUGGGAAUACUAAAGACGAAACAUGUUACUUUGUCGAGGCCCUGAUCCGGUGUAACCUCAAAUCACUAGCUGAUGUGUCGGAGCGUUUAGCCGUGCAGGGCCAUAUGGAGCCUAUUGACAGAAUGUAGUUUACACUUUCUGCAUAUGCGGCAGUCUGGACAUCGAUCAUUUUGCUAAAGCGUGAAAGGGAUUUGAUUAGAAGACGAGUAGAGUGACUGGUUUUAUGCUAGUCCCUUCUCGAUCUCAGUAGUAUAUAUAUACAUGCUUCCUUUUAAUCGUCUAUAAGGUCACCGCAGUUUGUAACAUGCAACUGGCUUAUUCUUACGACGGGCUAUUUUAUAAUGUAAAGAACCAGCUAUAGUGUUUGUGGGCAGUGUGACUGUAUUGAGCUUGGAUUGUAAGUAUCUAUGCUCAGGAAUGUGCUUCUUGUUGUUAUAAGAUCAAAAACUGUGUGGUUAUGGCACUGCACUCUAUAUGCUUGUGUAUCUUUGAGAUUUUGGUGUGUUAAUAAGUACUAGAAACAGUAUUUGGUAAGUUAAAAAAUAGUGUGCUUUUGCUUUUUGUUACUA